AUGCCCCAGAACCCCUUCGACCUCGCCUUGGCCGCAGGCUCUGAGAUUGAAUCUCUCGACCUGACGGGGUUUGAUUCCCUCGCGGAGGCUCCUGCCGAGCGGGAGCCAUCCGCCGGGCCAAGUGACGGGUCAGACAAGGCUUCGCGUCUAGACGCUUCGCCUGCCGCCAACGCGAGAGACGUGGAGAGCCCCGUCAUCCCCGAGUCACCUAUGGCCCCGACCCUUGAUGGAACGUCAAGUAACGUUUCGUGCGGGUCCGGAUGCCCAAGCACGCCCACAUCACCUUUAACCGCGGCCGGAUCGGACAGGAGAGAAACCGGCAAUUAUCCAGAGGAUCCCAUCGUGAUUGAUGAUCUGGAUAGAGAGGAGGGAGGAGGGAGUAGGGCGACGUCCAUCGUGGCCAUGCCGCCUGGCGAGCGUGUCGACGUGCUCCGGACUCCCUCUCCUAUGCUGGAUGACGGUUACAACGACUGUUUCAUCAAGCCGGAGCCGGAGCCGUCUCCUGUUCCCCCUCCCCCGCCGCGGAAGCCAUCGUUUCCCCGUGUGGUGGUGGAGGUCCCUCUGACACGCGAACUCUUCACCGAGGGCGCGUCCGGGUCGCCGCGUGCCCGACGGCAAGCCACCAAGCCGCGGAGUGAUCCGGCACGACGGGGCCGAGAAUUGAGGGGUGAUUGCGCCCCAAGCGACGCCAGCGGCGGAGAAGACGAAGCAGACGAAGACGACGACUACACAGAUGACAAAGGCGAUCAAGAUGGUGAAGUGAGCGAAGACGACUGCCGGCCAGCGGGUGGAUCUCUCAAACGGCAGAGGACCCACGCGCCGGCCUGCACCGCCCCCGAUGCCGCACCGAGGCCGUCAGUCCACCGCGCACUGCCGCAGGGUGACAUGUACACGUUCGCCUCGACGGUCGCCACGUGCAUAGUGAAGCUGCUCUCCGCUCCACCUUCCGCUCAGGGCAACGACGGCACUGCGGGUGCUGGUGGCAUUGGGUACACCAGAUGUGCGGCCGAACACAGGGGGAAGAGGGGCCGAUGGUCCAAGAGGGAGAAUGAGCUACUCUUGUCCCUGGUGCGGAAGGAUGGCCCCCCGACGGAGGACGAUGUCGAGGAGCUUUUCCCCUCGAGGACCCUGUCGUCUGUGCAGCAGAGGUAUCGCAUCUUCCAAAAGCAACAGGAGAAGGGGAGGAAGCAGGUCAGGGACAGGGAGAGAAAACGUAAGCGGCCUUCCUGA